GGUGGAUAGCGGUAAGAGUCGAGCUAAGAGCUCAGUAUCAGCAGCAGCAGUGUGCAAGGUGCGGCUGAGGAACUGCUUCAGUGUAGCGCUGCAUAGCCAAGUACAGGGCUGACAGACCUUCGUGUCUUCAUCAACACACACAGAAAAAAAACAUAACUUUGUUUGUUAACACUUCCGUGUUCAAAAUGGCUGAUCCCGUUGGCAGUGACGGCGAGGAGACCACCGCCCGUGGUUUUGCAAGAACUGGGGCUCUGAGGCAGAAAAACGUCCAUGAAGUUAAAGAUCACAAGUUUAUUGCCCGGUUCUUCAAGCAGCCGACCUUCUGCAGCCAUUGCACAGACUUCAUCUGGGGAUUCGGGAAGCAAGGAUUCCAAUGUCAAGUCUGCUGCUUUGUGGUACACAAACGCUGCCAUGAAUUUGUCACUUUCUCUUGCCCUGGUGCAGAUAAGGGACCAGACUCUGAUGAUCCCAGGAGUAAGCACAAGUUUAAGGUCCACACUUAUUCCAGCCCAACCUUCUGUGAUCACUGCGGCUCCCUGCUCUACGGCCUCCUACAUCAAGGGAUGAAGUGUGACCAUUGCUUGAUGAACAUUCACAAGCGCUGUGUAGCCAAUGUUCCCAGCCUGUGCGGAACGGACCACACCGAGCAGAGAGGGCGGAUAUACAUCACUGCCAAUAUCAUCAAGGAGACCCUCAUCGUGAAGAUUAAAGAUGCUAAGAACCUGGUACCCAUGGACCCCAAUGGCCUCUCAGACCCCUACGUCAAACUGAAGCUGAUCCCCGACCCAAAAAACGAGAGCAAGCAGAAAACCAAAACUAUCAAGUGCUCUCUUAACCCAGAGUGGAAUGAGACUUUUACAUUCAACCUAAAAGAGUCAGAUAAGGACCGGAGGUUAUCUAUUGAGGUCUGGGACUGGGAUCUGACCAGCCGGAAUGACUUCAUGGGAUCCCUGUCGUUCGGAAUCUCCGAGCUUUAUAAGUUAGGAGUCAGUGGCUGGUUCAAGCUGCUGGGCCAGGAGGAAGGGGAGUACUUCAAUGUUCCUGUCCCACCUGAGGGGGAGGAAGGCAACGAGGAGCUGAGGCAGAAGUUUGAAAGAGCCAAAAUUGGACCAGGCAUCAAGAAUAAAGAUGGAUCAUCCUCAAACACAAUAUCCAAAUUCGACAACAAUGGGAAUAGAGACCGGAUGAAAAUGUCUGACUUCAAUUUCCUAAUGGUUCUGGGCAAAGGGAGCUUCGGAAAGGUGAUGCUGGCGGACCGGAAGGGCACGGACGAGCUGUAUGCAAUCAAGAUCCUAAAGAAGGACGUGGUGAUUCAGGAUGAUGAUGUGGAGUGCACUAUGGUGGAGAAGAGGGUGCUGGCAUUGUCUGGGAAACCCCCCUUCCUCACACAGCUCCACUCCUGCUUUCAGACCAUGGACCGCCUGUACUUUGUCAUGGAGUACAUCAAUGGUGGAGACCUGAUGUACCAGAUCCAGCAGGUUGGCAAGUUCAAGGAGCCCCACGCUGUGUUCUACGCAGCAGAAAUUGCCGUAGGUAUAUUCUUCCUGCACAGCAAGGGCAUCAUUUAUCGGGACCUCAAGCUGGAUAAUGUAAUGCUCGACUCGGAAGGACACAUUAAGAUCGCCGACUUUGGCAUGUGCAAAGAAAACAUGUGGGAUGGAGAGACCACAAAGACUUUUUGUGGGACACCUGAUUACAUUGCUCCUGAGAUCAUUGCUUACCAGCCUUAUGCCAAGUCAGUGGACUGGUGGGCUUUCGGUGUUCUGCUGUACGAGAUGCUGGCUGGACAGCCCCCCUUCGACGGGGAAGAUGAGGAUGAGCUCUUCCAGUCCAUCAUGGAACACAACGUCUCGUAUCCCAAAGCUAUGAGCAAGGAGGCGGUGGCCAUCUGCAAAGGGCUGAUGACCAAGCACCCUGGGAAGAGACUGGGCUGCGGGCCAGAGGGGGAGCGUGACAUCAAAGAGCACGCUUUCUUCCGCUAUAUAGACUGGGAGAAGCUGGAGAACAAGGAAGUCCAGCCACCCUUCAAGCCCAAGGCUAAAAAUAAGAGGGACGCAGAAAACUUUGACAAGGAGUUUACCAAGCAACCCCUAGACCUCACUCCCACCGACAAACUUUUCAUCAUGAACUUGGACCAAGAUGAGUUUGCUGGAUUUUCCUACAUGAACCCUGAAUUUGUUAUCGAGGUCUAAUGGCAUUACUAGCAUUUCAAUUUAAAGGUGCAGUACUCCCUCUUUGAAGGUGGGAGGGAUGUUUCAUUGGCAUGUGUAUACCAGGUUGCUGUAAAGUCACCUAGCCAUUUUGGUGUGGAAAGGACACUGCCGAGCGGUUUCAAAGCUGGUUGUUAUGCCAUUUUUAUAUUCAAUACGACCAACUUUUGUUUUCCAGCAUUUGGAUAACAUUAAAGCCAGCUGAACACUGUUUCCACUUGGACACAAAAUACAUUUUGAGGACUGAAGUGUGUUCAGCGGUAACUUGUUUUUUCCCCGCAGAAGGAAUGCAAAAUGGCCAUGUCCCUUUACAGCCACCAUGUGUGUACAGUAACUGCAUGUGUGAAAUAUCUUUCCAUUGUGCAGACCAGAUCUUCUUGUGUCUGGGGAUAUAGAAACAUAAUAAGGCAUAUUAGGCUUUAUAAUAAGUGUCUGAUUGAGAUAAAUUACUGUCAUGUUGUAAGAUGAGAAAGUAUGGGAUGUAUCCUCAGCUGAAGUACAUGCAAGUAAAAUGGUCGGUAUCUAAUUGUGUUUUAAUGUGGGAAACUUUUUCCAGUGCUAUUUAUGAACAAGAACCUGACAUUCUGUACUUAAAUGUCUAUUCCUAUGUGUUUGUCCUGAAGUCUUCAAAGAUGGACAUUGACACUGACAUAAUUAAACACAUGAGCAUCUCCAGCCAGACAUUAACUAAUAUCCUCAAUAUGUUUUUAUUGAAGCAUUAUUAGAGGUGGGAAUAAAAGAAAAUACAUAAAAACAUGCUGUAUAUUCUUAAAGUGAACUUUUAUGCAUGCCUGUUUAGUUGAUUAUGAUGUCUAAUUUUAGUAAGUUCAAAGGUCACUGUUUACUGAAUAGAGUAACUUGCGUACUGUUUAUAAAAAUCAAAGAUAUCUAUAAGUCUUCCAGGAUAUUGAGUAAAAAGAGUUAUCUAAUAUAUAUAAUAUAUUGUAAGUUUACAGUUUUGGAUUACACCACACAAUUAUAUCACUAUUAUAAAGUGAAUUAAGCAGCUGCUUCAAAAGUAUAAUGAAAGAUGAGAUUAUAUAAUGUUAUUUAUUUAUUAAUUUAUUUAUGUAUGUAUGUAUAACCAGGAGAAGGUGGGGGCUGGAAAUAUAACACAAACUGACUGCAGCAAAUAUAAUUGGUAAUGCUAGUAUAAUUCAUGAUAAAGCAAUAAAGUGUAUCUACAGUAAACAUAAGAGCUUAAAGUUGUUUGUGCGUAUUUCAAAUCAAGCACAUUCAUCAUAUCCCAAUUUAAUAUGAAGAUUCAUUGUCCACUUGAGUCGGUUAGUAAAGGACAAUAGGCACUAAACAACAUAUCAGAUGUUAAUCUGUGUUUUGCUGGGUAGACUUCUUAUAUAACAUGUAAGAACAACAUACUGGAGUGCCAUGGUCCUGGAAAUCAGACAUGUAACACGGCAGGCAAGCCUUUUAUUGCAUUUCUGUCAGAAAAAUUAGUAAAAUGUCAGGGAAGGUCCUAAUUUAAUGAUUUAACGAACGGGGUACGUAUGUAUAUUACUUUAUUAGAUGGCUCUAUGUUAUGGGUUCUUACUUUUUUUCAUACCACCUGUAUACGAUACUGAAAGUUUGCUAGUCUGUCCAUCAAAUGAAAUGGGGUAAACAGAUCAAAAUGACAUACAUUGUGUAAAGAUAUAGUGACACUGCUCUAUUUCAGUAUGGGCUUGUCCCAUCUCUCCAGUGGUUUACUUUGACUAUAGUGAUGACAGAGCCACAUUUCUGCACUAAUCAUCUUAGCAUGUAUUCAUAAAGCUUUUUCUUGAUUGCUGUACAAGAAGCCAACUAUUUUUAUAGCAACUUUUUAAAAAUUCAUUCAGACAGAUUUAGCGCUUACACUUUGUCAAUAUGAGCCACAGUGAAUCCCAACUAAAGCUACUGUAGUAUUUAAAGAAUGUUUCUUGAAUGGAGUAAUAUUUGUUUUGUAAUAUGUGACAAGGUAGCAUAUUAUGUUAUUAAUGUUUUAUCACACUUAUAAAUUCCUUCGAUAUAUUUAGUCUGUUUUUAU